GCACGCUGUUCAGCUGGAUCUUUCCGUUCAUGCAUAGAUGCAUGUGACAGGACAGAAUGCGGCUGAGCAACUUGGCACACUAUGCAGAUUUAAGCUUUGUUUUGAACCUGCUGCCACCUGACCUGCCUGGGAUCCCAUUCAACUUGCGCUCUUUCCACUACGACGACUCAUCUCCAAUGUCUGCAUGGCAGAAUCCUCAUAUGCACAGAGGCGAAUGGAGGCGCGAGAAGCCCCUAGACUUCGGGAAUCACCACUUUGCAAUUCUGAAUCUUUUCCGUAAUGGCACUCUGGCAUUUUAUGUCUUCCUUCAACUUGCUAUCUUCGCCGCUGCUUCGUGGUUUGCGAUACUUGUUCGUACCAGAGGCCCUAUUACCCUGCCCAGUGGUGUUGCAGACGUGGCAAUGAAAUACCCACGCAUCACGAGUUAUGGGGUAACACUUAUUGCGACAGUUAUUUCUUUCCUGAACAUGGUCCUUCUCAGUAGUGUACUUCAAAUAGCACUAACAGCACGAAUGACCCAGCCCCUGUCAUUGCAAGCUUUGCGAGGAGGUUUUUCAUUAGUAACAGGACAAACACUCCUCGGUGUACGAGGGCUCAAGAUCGCCUGGGCCUGGAUAAAAUCGCUGGCAUGCAUGAGCCAUGGGGAGAAUAUCGGACCCAGCGACAGGCUGUACUGGAGAUGGCUGAAAUAUACAUUGAUGUACGCCAUGUUAUGCGGACCGCUCACGUCGAGUUGGACUAGUUUUUUGACCCCAACACCUGUGGAACUCCAGUUUAAAUUUGGGGGUCCAGAGGUCGAUUACGUCGCCGCCCCCGCACAACUCCAAGCUAGGUGGAACGGAUACGUUGCUCCGUAUCCUAGUGAUACUUCCCCCCUUGUUACUUACAUGAACGCAACGAGAGGCAUGCAAGGUUACGGUCUUAGGGAUGCGACCCUGUUUACCCAAGCCGGAAAUGCGGCAGCCGCGAAUGAACUGGGUUCACCGUACUACAUCCCCUUUUACGGUGCAUUGUAUAAUGGUUCAACAGGGGGUAUAUUCACAAAUGCCUUAAUGACGGGGCAAGAUGCCCGUCCAAGCAUCCCGUCCGAAUAUACAGGAUGGACUCCACGCUAUACGACGGUCCAGCAGGGCUUUAGUGCGGAAGUCCGAUGUCGACAGCAGUCAUUCAUCAAUGCGGUUGGUGUGUAUCCAUCUGUGAGUUUAUAUGACAGUGCAUCAUCGGGAACAUCAAUUGCUGGGCCCAAUGGGGUCGUCCCAGCGGACUAUAGUAUAAAGAGAUGGUUAAUGAUUACGAAUUGUUCAAGUGAUUCGGUAGCUUACACUAGCGAUAUCCUGGAAAUGGUUGAUCCAAAUGGUUCGUCUCUGGGCGACGGUGUUUUAAUAGGCUCGGUCUGCAAAUACCAGGACUUCGAAAAGGCGACCAACCAAUCUUUCCUUGUUCUUAUGCAAGGCUUUGACCCUUCGUACUCCUUCAUCACACCCACGAUUUGUGAAGUUUCUCCUCGUAUUACAUCCGUUGAGGUCGACUUUGACGGGACUACCGUGAACAUCCACAAUACCACGAAUUCUGAGUCGUUGGACCCAGAAGGUCAACAAGCCGCCUAUAUAGACCAGAUCUCAGACCUCAUCUGGGAGAUGAUGUUUGUUACGCAAAGUCUUGCUGGAAAUUCCAUGGCAGCUGGUAUUCAAAUGGUCGGUUAUGCCCAUGACGGUUCUCUCACGUUGGACAGUGUUUUGUUGAACUUCGUGUUGGAAAACUACCUGAGAGGGGCUAUCGAAUUCCUAGGCACGUUCUGGCGAAUGGAUCUCCAGCACAUGAACAACACCUCUAUGACGCAGUACACCGGAAUAGUGCAUGUGAAGUCAUUGGGAUAUGAAUACCAACGGUUAACAUUUCUUUUGCUCCUUGUGCCUCUGGCUAUGGUGGUAUUUCUCACCUGCGCUGCUGCGGUCUACACGCCCGCAGCAAAACCGAAAAAGCCUGGAUAUGUGUCUCUCGUCGAAGUCGGGAGCAUACAGGACAACAUGUACGGCCCGCUCAACCAUGCACCGCGCAGUAGCUUCGCAGACUCAGAGGACUUUGACCCCAUCAAUAUCAUCCACCUCAUGAUGCUUGCUUCGAGGGCUCGUCUGGAAAAUGAAGCAGGGCAGAAUGAACUCUUUCAAUUUGCAUUGGAUUAGUCGAGUUAUAGAUACCGAGUAAUUUAUAACAUUGUAGCUAGAUGCUGUUGCGCCGGGAGGGGGCACAGCUAGUGUGCCAUCAGGGGUUUCAGGGUCUUAGCACACAUGGACACAUACUUACUAUUAGCACCUGCACACGUUGUACAAUUCAGACAGCUUCAGCAUCCUUCUC